AUGCUGUGUCAAGUAUGCAUCGAUGCGAUUCACUACCGCAAGGGCUGGGUGAGAAACGAUUGCGAUGCCGCAGACCCGCACAUCCUGCUUGCCCAUCACGGAUCGACCGCGAGCCUUGAGUCGUCUGCCCGCGAUGUCUGUGAAAUUGGCGAGGAAAAUCAGACCAGAAUGAGGGGUUUCGAUCCUGAAUGGACUUCUCGGCACAACGCGGCGAAAACUGCCAGGCAGCCGGGGCAGGUGCUCCACGACUUCGCCGGUCUUGUUACGAUAUGCGCCAUCGUCAACAUUGGCCAAGAAGCGGAGGUACAAUCUGCCGGCAUGGACCUGUUGAUCUCCGUAACCUUUGAGUCGGACUUUCGCGACGAAAUCUCGACGCUGAAGGACACAUCCGGCACAUACAUUGUGCUGAGAGGGCCGGGUUAG